AAAAGUCUGAAACCAUUUGUCCAGGAGUUAGAUGCGUGAGUGUAUCAGUAUCCACAUCGGACAGGCAGGAGUUCAAAUCGGUAAUGCAUGCUGGGAACUGUAUUGUUUGGAACAUUGUAUCCAGCAAAAUGGUCAAAUACCUGAUCUGAGGUCACAAACAGGCAGCGAUGAUUCGUUUAACACGUUUUUCAGCGAAACUGGUGGAGGAAAACACGUCCCAAGGGCCGUUUUCGUUGAUCUGGAACCUACGGUCAUCGAUGAGGUCCGUACAGGUCCGUACCGCCAGCUGUUCCACCCGGAGCAGCUUAUCAGCGGUAAAGAAGAUGCGGCCAAUAAUUAUGCCCGUGGUCACUACACUAUUGGUAAGGAGAUAAUCGAUUUGGUUCUGGACAGAAUCCGCAAGCUCACUGACCAAUGUAUUGGACUGCAGGGUUUCUUGGUGUUCCACAGUUUCGGUGGUGGCACAGGUUCCGGUUUCACCUCGUUACUGAUGGAACGGCUGAGUGUCGACUUUGGGAAGAAAUCCAAGCUAGAGUUCUCGGUGUAUCCUGCACCUCAGGUUUCAACAGCUGUUGUCGAACCGUAUAAUUCGAUUCUGACCACCCACACGACUUUGGAACACUCUGAUUGCGCUUUUAUGGUCGACAACGAAGCUAUUUACGACAUAUGUCGCAGAAAUCUCGACAUUGAACGUCCGAGUUAUAUUAACUUAAAUCGACUGAUUGCUCAGGUGGUGAGUUCCAUCACGGCUUCUUUGCGUUUUGACGGUGCGCUUAACGUUGAUCUGACGGAGUUUCAAACCAACCUCGUUCCUUAUCCUAGAAUCCAUUUCCCAUUGGUUACUUAUUCACCAAUCAUUUCGUCAGAAAAAGCUUACCACGAGUCUCUUUCGGUGUCUGAAAUUACUAACGCUUGCUUCGAACCUGCCAACCAGAUGGUCAAAUGCGACCCACGCAACGGCAAAUACAUGGCUUGCUGCAUGCUUUAUCGUGGAGACGUCGUUCCGAAAGAUGUGAACCAAGCAAUUGCUACGAUCAAGACAAAACGAUCAAUUCAGUUUGUCGAUUGGUGUCCAACAGGGUUCAAAGUAGGGAUCAAUUACCAACCCCCGACGAUUAUACCUGGUGGGGAUUUGGCUACCGUUCAAAGAGCUGUUUGUAUGUUAAGUAACACGACAGCCAUCGCAGAGGCCUGGGCCAGACUUGACUACAAAUUUGAUCUGAUGUAUGCGAAACGAGCUUUCGUUCAUUGGUAUGUCGGUGAAGGAAUGGAAGAAGGAGAAUUUGCAGAAGCCAGAGAGGAUCUUGCUGCCCUUGAGAAAGACUAUGAAGAAGUGGGAGGCGAUUCUGAUGAAGGAGGUGCGGAAGAUGAGUUUGAAGAAUACUAAACAUAGAGAUUUUCUUCAAACCAGUCAAUUAUUGCGUUGAUCUUGCUGUUUCCAGUGGCAUGAAAGUGGACCAUAAUCAUAGAAAAAUAUAUAUUAUGCCCCCGACCCCCAGCGAACUUAAAUCUCUCUCGCAAUUUCUUUCUCGCUUUUUUCUUCUCUUUAAUUUUCUCAGCUUUCUUCUGUCUGUCUCUCUCUCUCUCUCUCUCUUUCUUUCUUUCUUUCUCUUUCUUCUUUGUAAUAAACACCAGACUUGGCCGAAGAUGUCUUCAAAGGUUGACUAUGAUAAUCAACUCAUAAAAAUUCUUCAAUUAUUUCCUGUCUUUUAAUAGCUGAAUACAUCGAUAUUCAUUUCCAAAUUUCGAACAGUGAAUGACAUUUUAGGAUAUAUUGUUUUCGUUUUUUCCUUAUUUUUCUUUUUUCAUGGAUAUUUUUGAUUCUCCUUAAUAAUUUUAAUUUGU